AUUAAUGCAAAAGACUGACCAAUCGGAUAAGAAGAAAACUUUUGUAGAGAGAAGAAAAAGAACAAAAGUUUGAAACCAAGAAAAUGUCUGGUAACCAUCUCUGGUCGGAGCUGGCCGCGAAAGAGAGAAACGGGAUGAACCGUAGUGACUCCGAGUGGGCAUUGCAACGCUUCAUACAAGAGUCAGAAGCUGGAGAAGUGUAUGGCGUUUCCGUCUCUGGACCUCCUUCUCCUCCUCCGAGUGUUCCUGUGGAUUCCGAGGAAUACAGAGAGUUCCUUAAGAGUAAACUCAACUUAGCUUGUGCUGCUGUCGCCAUGAAAAGAGGAGCUUUCAUCAAACCACAAGAUACCUCUGGUAGAUCUGAGAAUGGUGGAGCUUAUACAUCCACUGCUUCAGAACAAGGCUCUCUACCUUCUUCCAAAGCUACACCAGUGGUGAGCAGUGCCAUAACAAGUGGUUCUGAGCUCUCUGGUGAUGAAGAAGAAGCUGAUGGUGAAACUAAUAUGAACCCCACCAAUGUUAAGCGUGUCAAAAGGAUGCUCUCUAACAGGGAAUCAGCUAGACGAUCCAGAAGAAGAAAGCAAGCACACCUGAGCGAGCUUGAGACACAAGUUUCACAGCUGCGUGUGGAGAAUUCAAACCUCAUGAAGGGUCUCACUGACGUAACUCAGACAUUCAAUGACGCAGCUGUAGAGAACAGAGUUCUCAAAGCAAAUAUUGAGACACUACGAGCAAAAGUGAAAAUGGCUGAGGAGACAGUGAAGAGACUCACAGGGUUGAACCCAAUGUUCCACACCAUGCCGCAGGUUUCAACCGUCUCUAAUCCUUCAGAGACGACGUCAGAUUCUCUAGACACAAGCGUCCAAGUAACCACACCGGAGAUCAGCUCAGGCAACAAAAGCAAGGCCUUGAUUGGGUGCAAAAUGAACAGAACAGAGUCGAUGCGUAGAGUUGCGAGUUUGGAACAUCUGCAGAAACGUAUUCGCAGCGUUGGGGAUCAGUAAGCUUGUGAAUAAAAGGAACUUGGUCUGUAACAUAUUGUCACAAGAGAGAGAUAACUAGACAUAAUAUGUGUCAGUAAAGAUGUCUGUUUUGUAGCCCUUGUGAAUUGCUUAGUUAUCUCUACUUCUGUUCUCUUCUGUCUUAUACUCUCAUGUUCAAUUUAUCUCCGACAUAAGCCAUA